UAAAAAUGAACCUGUAAUGACGUUUAAAAACUAAAAUUAAAUAAAAUUGGGAAAAUAAGUUUCUAUAAUAAUUAGGAACACUCUUACAAUUAUAGUAAAAUUUCGGAAUAAAACUAGCUGAAUGCAUAUUCUAAAUCCUACGAAAUUUUUUAUAAGCAGCUUCAUCAAAGGUCGGCGUAAAGAAAUAUUUUUCUAUAGCACAUUAACUGUUCUUGGUAAAGCAAAUCCUAAAAUGUCGAGCUCUUCAGAAUAUAUAGUUCGUCGAAUUGAUAAUAUUACAAAGUCUCAAGAGGACAAACGUUCAUACAGAGGGCUGGAACUUACGAACGGCAUGAAAGUUCUGCUUGUAAGUGAUCCAUUGACGGAUAAAUCAGCAGCGGCAAUGAAUGUGAAUGUAGGAUUUCUAAGUGAUCCUAAACAUGUACAUGGACUUGCUCAUUUUUGUGAACACAUGCUGUUUCUUGGCACUGAAAAAUAUCCCAAUGAAAAUGAUUACAGUAAAUUUCUUCAAGAACAUGGAGGUAGUGGUAAUGCAGCAACAUUUAUGGAUCAUACAAUGUAUUACUUUGAUAUUGUUCCUGAACAUUUGAAAGAAGCUCUGGACAGAUUUGCCCAAUUUUUUAUAUCUCCUUUAUUUACUGAAAGUGCAACUGAAAGAGAAAUAAAUGCUGUUAAUUCCGAACACGAUAAAAAUAUUCAGAGCGAUAUGUGGAGAAUUAAUCAGCUCGACCAUCAUUUGUGUGAUCCUGAUCAUGCGUACAAUACUUUCGGAACGGGCAACAUUUAUACGUUAAGUACUGGAUUGAAGGAAAAAGGUAUCAAUGUCAGAGAUGAACUUUUAAAGUUCCAUCAAAGGUGGUACUCAUCGAACAUGAUGUGUCUGGCAGUGCUAGGAAAAGAAAGUUUAGAUGAACUAGAGUCCGCGGUUGUCGAUUUAUUUCGGUCCGUAAAAAAUAAAGAAAUAGAAGCUCCAAAAUGGGAAAAGCAUCCUUUCAGAGAUGACCAAUUGCGAACCAUUGUCUAUGUCACACCGGUGAAAGAUGUACGAAAUCUUAACGUAGUAUUCCCCUGUGAAGAUUUAAUGCAAUUUUAUAAAUCAGCUCCCGCAAACUAUAUCAGCCAUUUAAUGGGUCAUGAGGGUCCAGGAAGUAUUUUGUCAGCUUUAAAAGCCAGAGGCUGGUCCAAUCAUUUGGUUGCCGGUCUGAGAACGCACUCUAGAGGAUUUGGUUUCUUUGCGGUUACAGUGGAUUUGACCGAGGAAGGAAUGAAACAUGUAGAUGACAUUGUUAAAUUAAUUUUUCAGUAUAUAAAUAUGUUAAAAACAGAGAAGCCCCAAAAAUGGAUUCAAGAUGAAAACAGGGAUAUUGGAAAUAUGAUUUUCAGGUUCAAAGAUAAGGAAUCGCCUAGAGAAUAUAUUUCAAGUCUCGUGAACAGUUUGCAGUAUUACCCUUUAGAAGACAUUUUAAGUGCAAGUUAUUUGGUGAACGAAUGGCGCCCAGACUUGGUUGAGGAUGUAUGGAAUAAUCUCACUCCAGAGAAAGCUAGAUUGGCAGUUGUAGCCAAGGCCCAUGAAAGUAUUUGUACUGACGAAGAACCAUGGUACGGUGUUAAAUACAAGCAAGAAAAAGUACCAGAAGCUACUCUCAAAACUUGGAAAGAAGCUGGAUUGUGCUCAGAAUUUUAUUUGCCGGAAAAAAACGAAUUUAUUCCCAAAGAUUUCUCUAUAUAUCCUCAAGGAGAAGCUCUUUCAGAACAUCCAGAGAUUAUACAGGAUACACCCUUAACUAGGGUCUGGUUCAAGCAGGACGACAAAUUCUUGCUGCCCAAGGCAAAUAUUAUGUUUGAUUUUGUCAGUCCGAUGGCUUAUUUGGAUCCGCUCAAUUGCAACUUGUUGCAUAUGUUUGUUCAGCUUUUCAGAGAUUCAUUAAAUGAAUAUGCUUAUGCGGCUGAAUUGGCUGGACUGAAAUGGGAAUUGAUCAAUACUAAAUACGGACUUAUACUGGGUAUUGGCGGAUACAACAAUAAACAACAUAUUCUACUGGAAAAAAUUAUGGAAAAAUUCACCAAUUUCAAAAUUGACCCUAAAAGAUUCAAUAUUUGGAAGGAAAAUUAUAUCAGAAAUUUGAAAAAUUUCGCUGCUGAACAGCCUUACCAACACGCUGUGUACUAUUUGACAGUUCUUCUCACUGAACAUUCCUGGACUAAGGAAGAACUACUGUCAUCUACAGACCAAAUAACUAUUGAUAGGUUAGAGGCCUUCAUACCUCAGAUGCUGUCAAAGAUGCACAUAGAAUGUCUCGUCCACGGCAACGCCAACAAAUCUAGAGCCCUAGAAAUGGUUCAGAUCGUCGAAAAUGCCCUAACCUCGUCAUUAAACAUGUCACCCUUGUUACCCAGGCAACUGUUGUUAAAUAGGGAACUAAAAUUGGAGGAUGAAUGUCAUUACUUGUACGAAAAGCAGAAUCAGGUGCACAAGAGCUCAUGCAUUGAGGUCUAUUAUCAGUGCGGUUUGCAGUCCAAAGAAAACAACGUCAAAUUAGAGCUGUUCUGUCAAUUGAUUCAAGAACCAUGCUUCAAUGUUCUAAGAACACAGGAACAACUUGGUUACAUAGUAUUCAGCGGCGUACGAAAAUCAAACGGCGUCCAAGGGCUCAGAAUCAUAGUACAAUCCGACAGACAUCCCACCUAUUUAGACGGAAGGAUAGAGGAAUUUUUGGAAGGUAUGCUGACUUAUAUCAAAGAUAUGAGCGAAGAAGAAUAUCUAAGGCACAGGGAAGCGCUGGCGUGUCAUAGAUUAGAGAAACCCAAACAGCUGUCUGCACUGUCCAAUCGGUUUUGGGGCGAGAUUACUUCGCAACAGUAUCACUUCACUAGGGCCGAAACGGAAGUCGCCUAUCUCAGGACGUUGAAUAAAGAGGAUGUUGUUGCAUUUUACGAGGACCUGUUAAGAGAUGGGGCCAAACAACGAAAGAAACUCUCUGUUCACAUCGUAUCUAUCGCCGACGGUGGCGCCGGUACCAAUAAUACCGAAGAACCAGAAGAAAACAACGUCGAAGAAAAGAACUCUGCAGGGAAACCAAGUCUAAUAAGUGAUAUCACAGUAUUUAAGAGCGCUCACGAGAUGUAUCCCUUGGUGCAACCCUACAUUAACAUCACCAGGAAGGGAAACAAAUGUAAAUUGUGAGGAAUAAACAAAUAUGUAUAGAAAAACG